AUAGUAAUACAAUGAAAAUCAAUUGGAAAAAAAAAAAAAGAGAGAGACAAAUUAAGGAGUACCAAAGAAAUUAGAGAUAGAGAGAAGCGCAGCCGGCAAAAUAAACCCUCCUCCUCCUAUACAUUAAUAUCACCACCUCUCCCCGGCGUCUCUUCUUCUUCUCCUCCUCUUUAUCCACCUCCGAUGAAGCCUACCUCAGGCGACGUGCAACCUAGCGGGGCGGCUCCGUUCGGUGCUCAUACGGCGUUGGUCCGAUGGAAGACGGUGAGGCUAUCCGUCGCGUUUUUCGGCGUCAUAUUAGGGCUUGUUGUUCUAUAUAACUCCGCCAUUAAGCCUUUCAACAUUCUCCCCGUUUCUUACUCCUACCGCGCUUUCCGAUCCUAUUCCUCUCUCAGAAACCCUCUCCUGGAAAAAGCUCUGACAAAAGCAUCAAAUGAGGAUAAAACAGUAAUCUUGACAACGUUGAAUGCGGCAUGGGCAGAGCCGGACUCACUCCUUGAUCUGUUCCUCAAAAGCUUCCACUCCGGAAACGGAACACAGAGGCUAUUGAAGCACUUAGUGAUAGUAUGUCUGGACGCAAAAGCGUACCAACGCUGCGUGGCCUCGCACCCUCACUGCUACCAAUUGGACACCGAAGGAGCCAAUUUCUCCGGCGAGGCCUAUUUCAUGACCGCCGAUUACCUCAAAAUGAUGUGGCGAAGAAUUCAAUUCCUCACCUCUGUUCUCGAAAUGGGUUUCAGCUUCGUCUUCACUGAUUCCGACAUCAUGUGGCUACAAGACCCAUUCAAUCACUUCCACCCCGACGCCGAUUUCCAAAUCGCUUGCGAUACGUUCAAAGGAAGCUCCGAGGAUUUAAACAACAGACCAAAUGGCGGCUUCGUCUACGUCAAAUCCAACACAAAAACCAUAAGAUUCUACAAAUUUUGGUACGAAUCCAGAACCAUGUUCCCAGGACGCCACGAUCAAGACGUGCUUAACAAAAUCAAACACAGCCCAUUAAUCCCUGAAAUUGGACUCAAAAUACGCUUCCUGGACACCGCGAACUUCGGCGGGUUCUGUCAGAUGGGGCGCGACUUCACCAAAGUGUGCACAGUUCAUGCCAAUUGCUGCGUUGGGCUCGACAAUAAAGUGCACGAUCUCCGGAUUUUGCUCAAUGAUUGGUCUAAGUUUGUUAAUCACAAAGCUUCGUCCAGGCCUUCCUGGAGUGUUCCUCAAGAUUGCAGAACUUCGUUUCAAAGAGGGAGACAGAGCAAGCAUGGUAAGAAAAAAGGCGGCUGAUGGCUAUAAUCCGAUGCUCUCAGGGAAGAAACUAUAUGUUUUGGGUUAUGAGAAUUUUAGUUCAAAACAUUUAAAUUUUAAUAGUAACGUUUGAAAUUAAAUAAUCGAUAAAGUUAAUGUUAUAUUAAACUAUAGACUAAAUCUUGCAUUCAACUCUCCCUCGUGUUGAGCCUCCUGUUCCGUCGGAUCACUUGCUGUCGCCGCCGUCGGUAAGUCACCGGAGAAGGGUGUGUCUUUCUCUCUCUCUUUGUCUCUCUUUAUCUCACUCUCAUCCCUUUCUGAUGAAUAGGUGGUCGCCGGUAGCCCGGUUAUUGGGAAAGCGCCGUCGUGCUCGUUUGUCGUAGCUGACUGUUAGUCGUAGCUGACUGUUAGGGAGGGAGAAGCACAACAAGUUCAUCUAGUUCGUGUGGUUUGGUUUGGUUUGGUUCGAUAUGAUCCUAAUCGGUUCUCGCUCAACCCAUUGACGUUUGUUGAUUUUGACCAGUUUAGCCUCGGUUCUAACCGGUUCGACCCCUAAUCGAUCAAUUUAGCCUAUUUUUCGUUC